GCCGGGAGUCCCGAUUGGUCCAUGGCCUGAGGCGACAGAUUCCGGAAAGGGGAAGAGCAGCCAAUAUGGCGGCGGAGCGCGGCGCGGGGCAGCAACAGUCGCAGGAGAUGAUGGAGGUUGACAGGCGGGUUGAAUCUGAAGAAUCAGGUGAUGAGGAAGGGAAGAAGCACGGCGGUGGCAUUGUGUCAGACCUCAGCCAGCAGAGCCUGAAGGAUGGAGUAGAACAGGGGGCAGAAGACCCAGAAGAGGAGCAUGAGCUGACAGUGGAUAUGGAAACCAUCAGCCUGGACCGAGAUGCAGAGGAUGUUGAUCUGAAUCACUAUCGUAUUGGAAAGAUUGAAGGCUUUGAGGUGCUGAAGAAAGUGAAGUCACUCUGCCUACGUCAAAACUUAAUUAAAUGCAUUGAGAACCUGGAGGAACUGCAGAGUCUUCGAGAACUGGAUCUCUAUGAUAAUCAGAUCAAGAAGAUUGAGAAUCUGGAGGCACUGACACAACUGGAGAUUCUAGAUAUUUCUUUUAAUCUGCUAAGGAACAUUGAAGGGAUUGACAAACUGACACAGCUGAAAAAACUCUUCUUGGUCAACAAUAAGAUCAGUAAAAUUGAGAACCUAAGUACCUUACAUCAACUACAGAUGCUGGAGCUGGGCUCGAACCGCAUCCGAAGCAAUCGGCUAACAAAGAUUGAGGGUCUACAGAGCUUGGUGAACCUGCGUGAACUAUACCUCAGCCACAAUGGUAUCGAGGUUAUCGAGGGCCUGGAGAACAACAACAAACUCACCAUGUUGGACAUUGCAUCAAAUAGGAUAAAAAAGAUUGAAAAUAUCAGCCAUCUAACAGAACUGCAAGAAUUCUGGAUGAAUGACAAUCUCCUGGAGAGCUGGAGUGACCUUGAUGAGCUGAAGGGUGCCAGGAACCUGGAAACCGUGUACCUGGAGCGCAACCCCCUGCAGAAGGACCCACAGUACCGGCGGAAGAUCAUGCUGGCCCUACCCUCCGUGCGGCAGAUCGAUGCCACAUUCGUCAGAAGGUCCUAGGCAGCACUGCUCUAGACUUUGCUCAGUAUCGGAACAGCCUGCCUUGUGCUGUGAAGCCUGUGCCCAGGUGUCCAAGCUAACCAGUUGGCCAGCUGACAAGGAGUUUGUAACAUCAGAAUGCUUACAUGGGAUUUAACAUCCAUUCAUGAUUCUAAUUCUCACCAAAAUAAACUGUAUGAUCUGAAUCUGUGCGGCAUCUCCCUGUCAUGAAACAAGCUCUUAGCAAGAAAAAGUGGGUGGAGCAGCAUGCCAAGAACAUUGUGCCAUAGCCCUGGGAGUUCAGAAGGACUGAAAUGUCGGUGUCUCCUCUGCAGUCACAGGAGCCCUACACACGUGCACAUGAUUCUGUAGAGUGUGUAGAGAGAAGUAAUACUGAGGGAGCAGCAGGCACCAAAGUAGUACAACCAUCUCGAGGAUCAUCUGCAACAUUCAGUGGUAGGAGAAUUUUAACAGUUAAAUAGAGUGGGCGGGGAAAUUUUCUCCAAGUGAAUUCAAAAUCUAGAAGUAGGAAGACAUGUCAAAAAGUUAUUCCUUAAGCCAGCGGUGGUGACACGUGCCUUUAAUCGCAGCACUCUGGAGGCAGAGGCAGGUGGAUCUCUGAGUUUAAGGCCAGCCUGGUAUGCAGAGCAAGUUCCAGGACAGCCAGGGCUAUACAGAGAGAAACCCUGUCUCAAAAAAAAAAAAGUGAAAAGUUAUUCCUUAAAAUAGUUCUAGGUCCCAGAAUCUCCAGAGUGGAACUAGCUAAAAGUUCAGUUUACGUUGAGAAUGACCCUGCUAAAAAUAUGGACAAAUAUAAUGUGAAAAAAGAAAACACUGCUUUUACAUAGGAACAUAAAUGCAAAAGUCUUAAAUAAAAGAUCAGCAAGUCAAAAGAUACUGCUUCUUGACCAAGGUUUUAUCUCAGGAAUGCAAGGAUGGUUUAAGAGUAGACAGGACUGGGCCUGGGGUACAGGCCUGUAAUCCCAGCUACUCAGGAGGCUGAGGGAGGGGGAUUAAAAGUUUAAGGCAUGCCUUGGCUACAGAAUGGCAUCAAGGCCAACCUAGGCAACCUAAUGAAACCCUAUCUCAAAAAUAAAAAAUAACAAGGGAUCUGGGAAUAUAGCUCAAGAAUAAAAUACCUGGGGCUGGAGAGAUGGCUCAGCGGUUAAGAGCAUUGCCUGCUCUUCCAAAAGUCCUGCGUUCAAUUCCCAGCAACCACGUGGUGGCUCACAACCAUCUGUAAUGAGGUCUGGUGCCCUCUUCUGGCCUGCAGGCUUACACACAGACAGAACAUUGUAUACAUAAUAAGUAUUUUAAAAAAGAAUAGAAUACCUGCCUAGCAUAUCGGAGACCCUGUUCAGUUUCAGAUGUUAGGGGAAGAGAAAGGAAACAAACCAUUUCUAUAUAUCACCAUUUAGUGCAGUUAAAAAGCACCACCAGUUAUCUUAAUGUUACAAAGACUCAGCUGUAUAUAAUCCCUGGAUUUUCUUUCAAGGAAAAACUAAUUAUUGUUGUUGUUGUUAUAUGCAUGAUGUCAGUGUGUGUUGUGGGCACAUAUGUGCCAUGUGCACCGUGUGCACUUCCAAGGACAGAUCUGUAGAGUCGGUUCUCUCCUCCCCCUUUUUGUGAGCUCUGCACUUGAACUUCGCUUGUCAGGGUUGUGCAGCAAGCCAUUACCUGUUGAACCAUCUCACUGGCUCGUGUAUUCAUGAAUUGUAACAUUUUUAUUCCUUUAUAAAUAAAAAGAUGUCUUAAAGAUUAUAGAAUCUGAUAAAUAAACUCAAGCCAUGGAGAAAGGCCAAUGGGUAAGAAAGCUUGUUCUGCAAACCUGAGAACCUGAGUUUAAAUCCCCAUCUCCAUGUCAAAAACUGAGCACUGUUUCUGACCAAGAUUACAAUACUAUAACCUUAGAAGAAGAUAGCUCUGUUGAAGAGUGUGUGUUUAGACUAUGCCAGGCCCUAAUCCCAUUGCCGGGGGUGGGAAUGACCAAGGGUGGGCACUUUCCCCACUGGUUGACACACUUAUUUUUUAUUGUCACUGCGAUAGACUUAUCUUGAAGACACAGCAUAAGGAGGGGUUUAACCUAGCUCAUGGCGCAAUGAACAUAGUGCCAGCAGGGGAAGCUUCCCAUGGUAGCAGUGGGAACUGACAAAGCUAGGUUCUAUGUCCCAAAGGUUCCACAGCCUUCCCUAAUAGCACCACCAACUGGGAGCCAAAUAUUGAAAUGUUUAAGCCUCUGAGGACGUUUCAUCUUCCACCAGUAGCAC